CUUUGCCAACCACAUCUCGCCUCCUGGUUGCUUGUGGCAUUGUUAAAUAAUACGUCUGUGUGCUCGUAGUCAUUCUGGAGUUAAGAAAAUUAUAAAAACACUAAAUUCCUUUUCAUUCCAAUACGUGGUUUGAAAUGAAAUCGUUUGUAGUUUUAGCAUUAGUGGCAGUUGCUACUGUAGCUGCAGAAGUUUAUUUUGAAGAAAAAUUUUUAGAUGAUUCGUGGGAGAAGAACUGGGUGUAUUCAGAACAUCCUGGAAAAGAAUUCGGAAAAUUCGUUUUAAGUCAUGGAAAAUUCUAUAAUGAUGCUGAAAAUGAUAAAGGUAUCCAAACAUCUCAAGAUGCCAGGUUUUACGCUUUAAGUAGAAAGUUCAAACCUUUCUCUAACGAAAAUAAACCACUAGUCGUUCAAUUCACCGUGAAACAUGAACAAAAUAUUGAUUGCGGUGGUGGUUACGUUAAAGUAUUCGAUUGCUCCCUAAAUCCCAAAGAUAUGCAUGGAGAAACUCCAUAUCUUCUUAUGUUUGGCCCUGAUAUUUGUGGACCUGGUACUAAGAAAGUCCAUGUGAUCUUCAACUACAAGGGUAAAAACUUACUUAUCAACAAGGAUAUCCGUUGCAAGGAUGAUGUAUACACACAUCUAUACACCUUGAUCGUUAAUCCUGAUAAUACUUAUAAGGUUCUUAUCGAUAAUGAAGUCAUUGAGUCAGGAGAGUUAGAAGCCGAUUGGGACUUCUUACCACCAAAAAAAAUCAAGGAUCCAUCACAAACUAAACCUGAAGAUUGGGAUGAUCGUCCAACAAUUCCUGAUCCUGAAGAUAAAAAACCUGAGGAUUGGGAUAAACCAGAGCACAUUCCUGACCCUGAAGCUAUUAAACCAGAAGAUUGGGAUGAUGAAAUGGACGGCGAAUGGGAAGCUCCUGUUAUCGAUAACCCUGACUACAAGGGUGAAUGGAAACCAAAACAAAUUGAUAAUCCUAACUACAAAGGACCUUGGAUUCAUCCAGAAAUCGAUAAUCCAGAAUAUACUCCAGAUCCUAAUCUCUACAAACGCGACGAAAUAUGCGCUAUUGGUUUUGACCUCUGGCAGGUUAAAUCCGGCACUAUUUUCGAUAAUGUUCUUAUCACAGAUGAACCUGAAGUCGCAAGCAAAUUUGCCGAAGAAGUGUGGAAACCUACCUUAGAAGGUGAGAAAAAGAUGAAAGAAGCUCAGGAAGCUGAAGAAAGAAAGAAGGCUGAAUCUGAAAAGAGUGAAUCUACUGCUGAUGAUGAUGAUGAAGAUGAUGAUGAUAAUGAAGGUGAUGCAGAAGAAGAAGAUAACACUAUUCCAGAUGUUGAAGAGCAUGAUGAGUUGUAAAUGAAUUGUAAAUUAUAAAAUGUCAUAUGUGUAGUAAGGUGCAGAAUUUAUUCUAAGGGCUAUCAAACAUUCAGAUAUACAAAAAUCCAUUUCAUCAUUAAGGGAAGAUGUAUUGAAUUUUAUCUACGUAAGAAAUUUUCUCCAAUUCUCUUUGAGUGUAGUCCUUGCUUGAACGUACAAUUUUUAUUGCCAAUAAAUUCGUCAAGUAUUUAAUAAAAUAUAAGUGGAAGUGGCUCAUUAAUAAAUAAUGAAGAGAGAAGGAGAAGCAAAAAGUGAAAUUGAAUCAAGAUGAGUGUAAAGAUAAGCUCUGAGAAGACUAUAAGUUGUUCCGUUUUUGUUUGAUAAGUGUUUUUAUAUAAAAAAUAAUUUGAAAAAAGUAAUUUAAUAUUGCCUAUGUAUAAUGUGUGUGUAGAAGAUUCUUCUCCAUACGAAUUAUAUAAUCUAAAAAUAUCCCUUAAUCCUUUUACAAUUCUGAAAGAAUGACUGGACAUGUAAAAAUGGUGUGUAACCAUAACUUAAAUAAAAAAAAAAGACUUUUCUAGA